CAUUCAUCCUCAGGCCCAGCUCGUGUCUCCUCCCUCACGGCGGUGUGAUAUAUAAUGGUCAUUUUCACCUCUCUUCAGAGCAGUGGGACAUUUUAGGUUUUGCUGUUAUGAUUAAACAUCUCUGCAAGAAGUGGAGCCGCAGUUUCCUUCUUUAACAUCACAAACCAGGUGACAAUGUCUCCGGCACUCGCCAGAUCUGCUCGAAGUGAGCUCAAUCACUGGUGGAGCCAGCUGAGGUUUCGCCUUCAGAACAAGAAAGGAUGGAAUGAGAUGUUGGAUGAGACAUUUCUGCUCCACACCAAACAAAUGAAUGAGAUUCCUCUCUUUUAUGCGGCUAAAAACAAUAGUGAGGGCUGCAUCAAGAAACUGCUAAGUUGUGCAUCCACUAACAUCUUCGAGCGAGGUGCUCUGGGGGAGACGGCACUUCAUAUCGCCGUGAUGAACGAAAACCAGGACGCUGCUGUGGCACUGAUGGAGGGAGCUCCUGAACUCAUCAAUGAACCCAUGACCUCUGAACUUUUUCAAGGUGUUACUCCUCUUCACAUUGCUGUGGUGAAUCAGAACAUCAAUCUGGUCCAUCAGCUGAUCAGCCGUGGUGGAGAUGUGGUAAACCCCAGAGUCACCGGCCUCUACUUCAGGAAGAGGAUCGGUGGUCUUAUAUACUACGGAGAGCACAUCCUGUCAUUUGCUGCAUGUACUGGGAAUGAAAACAUUAUCUCCAUGAUCAUUGAUGCUGGAGCCAGUACCAGAGUCCAGGAUUACCGUGGUAACACAGUGCUUCACAUUUUGGUUCUGCAGCCCACUCUGACAAUAGCUUGCCAGAUUAUGGACCUGAUUAUGGGACACGAUGCAGAGUUGGACCAAACGAUGCCACUAGACAUGGUGACCAACUACAGAGGCCUUACUCCUUUCAAACUGGCAGCCAAAGAGGGAAACAUUGUGGCUUUUCAGCACUUGGUUAACAAAAGGCAAGUCGUCCAGUGGUAUUUGGGCCCUUUGACUUCUAACCUGUAUGACCUGACUGAGAUCGACUCAUGGGCUGACAAUAUGUCAGUGCUGGAACUAAUCGUGGGCAGCCCACAGAGAGAGGCAAGAAGGGUAUUGGAAGUGACCCCUGUGAGACAGCUGGUUAGUCUUAAAUGGAACCUCUAUGGGAAACAUUAUUUCAGGCUGCUAAUGCUGCUCUACCUGCUGUACAUUGGGACCUUCACUCUGUGUUGUGUAUAUCGCCCUCUAAAGAAUGCUCCAGAGAACUACACACAGUCAGACAUGGACAAAACCAUCCUAGUCCAGAAAACACUUGAGGAGAGUUAUACAACCUAUGAGGACAGCUUGCGGCUGGUUGGAGAGAUAAUCAGUGUUCUGGGAGCUUUUGCCAUCCUUUUGCUUGAGAUCCCUGAUAUACUGAGAGUAGGAGCAAAGCGUUACUUUGGCCAGACAGCACUGGGAGGCCCUUUCCAUGUCAUCCUUAUCAGUUAUGCGUGCUUGGUGGUGCUGCUGUGCGUGCUCAGAGUCAGCGGGCUGAACGGAGAGGCUGUGGUGAUGGCUCUGUGUUUAGUCCUGGGCUGGAGCAAUGUCAUGUUCUUCGCCCGAGGUUUUGAAACGCUCGGCCCUCAUGUCAUCGUGAUACAAAAGGUUAUAUUUGGAGAUCUGACCAAGUUUAUGUGGCUGAGUUUCAUUAUGCUCAUUGGUUUUUCCACUGCCUUGUGGGUGGUCUACAUGACCCAGAAGCCUGGGUCGUUGCCUGCAUAUCGUUCCUUUCCCAUCACUCUCUUCUCCGAGUUUGAGCUCAGUUUGGGCCCCAUUGACCUGCCAGUGGACCACACCAUCACUACGCCCUCCAUCGUCCAUGUCCUGCACUGUGCCUUCUCUGUGGUGUCUUGCAUUCUUCUACUUAAUCUACUGACAGCCAUGAUGAGUGACACACAAGGGAGGGUGGCUGAAGAGAGAGAUGAGCUCUGGAGGACUCAGGUGGUAGCCACAACUCUGAUGCUGGAAAGGAGGUUGCCUCGCUGUCUUUGGCCACGGCUCGGGGUGUGUGGCCUCACCUAUGGCUUGAAGAACUGUUGGUAUCUCCGUGUUGAGGACAGAAAUGACCCAAUGGUGCUAGACCCAAACGAAGAAGUUCUCUGACAGGCUGGCAGCUGAUUCGCCACAGUGCUUUGGGUUUGGACAUGGAGCAGGACGAAGACCAAGUCAUCAAAUACGUCUAGGUCUCUGUUCUCUGUGUCCCAUGUGUCACCUCCAGUUAUUCUGCAGUCUACUGUACAUAUUAGCAUUCUGUGCACAAGCAUUGGUUAGUAUCUUAAAUAACUAUCUUUUGAAUUAUUCAAUCUGGUUCAAAGACAAUAAAUUAUCGUUGAACGUAAAAAAAGUCUAAUUUUAUGUUAUUUGCUGGCAAUAAAAAAUUUAAUCAUGGUUUAAUGAAAAUUUGCAUCAACAGUGAAGUAACAUCAAGGGUUUUGGGUGUGUGGAUAGAU